GUGUAUAUGGACGGACGGACAUAAAGCGCAACCGUGAUGAUGAAAUUUGUGCGUGUUCAGUUGAGCGAUGCUCUCUCAGCGGUGAGGAAGGAGUUUGGUGUAUUCCAGCGCGCAUACGCCCCCUACGCUCCUCUCCUCUCCUCCUCCUCCUCUUCUUCUCCUCUGCUCUCCUCUCAUCCAUCCACCCGAGAGAGCUGCUCUCCCCCCUCCGCUCAUUCAUUCUCUCGGACAGUCUCCAUCCUUUGACGGGGAGCAGAAGCAGCAGGGCGGUGGCAAUCGCAAGCCCUCAAUGCUCGGCAUUUGGACGGAAAUCCGCGCGUCAAACCUGGAGAGACAGGACUACAAGUGAUUGCUAUGUCAGAGAGAAGUUCAGCCGUAAAGAAUACAGCAGACGGAGGUUACACGGAUCACGAUUCAAAGAUGUCGGAUGAACACAGAGACACGGAUGAUUCGUCAGAGAAAACACCUAGUAGGAUGUCUAGAUCGCCGCAGAAAUCCUCCAAAAGACCAAAGACAGUAGCUGUGAAAGUCACACUGCUAGAUGGAUCUGCCUAUGAGACCGGGGUGGAGAAACUCUGUAAAGGACAUGUGUUACUGGAUUUGGUUUGUGAACAUCUCAACCUCUUGGAGAAGGACUACUUUGGCCUGACCUUCAGUGACACGGAGAGCCAAAAGAAUUGGCUGGAUCCUUCGAAAGAAAUCAAGAAACAAAUCCGCGUGGGUCCCUGGCAUUUCUCCUUUGCUGUCAAAUUCUAUCCUCCCGAUCCGUCUCAGCUGAUUGAAGACAUCACACGGUAUUACCUGUGUCUGCAGCUGAGGGAGGACAUACUGUCAGGUCAUUUGCCCUGCUCGUUCGUCACUCAUGCUCUGCUGGGCUCGUACGCUGUUCAGGCUGAGCUGGGAGACUAUGACCCAGAGGAACAUGGGCCAGACUACAUCAGCGAGUUCCGCUUCGCCCCCAAUCAGACCCGUGAGCUGGAGGAGAGGGUGAUGGAGCUGCACCGCAACUACAGGGGCAUGAGUCCUGCAGAGGCUGAAAUCAACUUCCUGGAAAACGCCAAGAAACUCUCCAUGUAUGGCGUUGAUCUCCAUCAUGCUAAGGACUCUGAAGGCAUUGACAUCAUGUUGGGGGUGUGUGCCAGUGGCUUGCUGAUCUAUAGAGACCGGUUGCGUAUCAACCGAUUCGCCUGGCCCAAGAUCCUCAAAAUAUCUUACAAGAGAAGCAACUUCUACAUCAAAAUCCGACCUGGAGAGGUAGAGAAAAAGUACGAGCAGUUCGAGAGCACCAUUGGCUUCAAGCUGCCCAACCACCGUGCCUCUAAGCGCUUGUGGAAGGUCUGCAUUGAACAUCACACAUUUUUCAGGUUGGUCUCUCCUGAGCCUCCUCCCAAAGGUUUUCUUGUGAUUGGCUCAAAGUUCCGCUACAGUGGGCGGACCCAAGCCCAGACUCGCCAAGCCAGUGCUUUGAUUGACAGGCCAGCUCCUCAAUUUGAACGAUCAAUUAGUAGGAGGUACCUGCUGUCCCGCAGCAUAGAUGGAGAGUCUGCUUUAGGGGACACUAUGGACCGACUCUCCCAGCACACCUCCAGCGAGCCUGUGCCUAGUCUUCCCAGAGAUGAGCUGGACCAGGACUACCUGGAGCCCAGUCUGGAUCAGGACCUGGACCAAGAUCACGAACAAGCUGAAUACCAGCGACUUGAAAGUGACUCCACUCUAUCGAAGACUGUGGAGCUCAAGAGGGAGGAGGCAGGCUCUCCUGUAGACUCUAAGACGGAGUCGGACCAGGACUUGGCCCCACGUCCUAAACAGGAGCAGUUCCUGGAUAAACCAGAGGAUGUGUUGCAGAAACAUCAAGCCAGCAUCAAUGAGCUGAAAAGAGCGCUGAGAGAGCCCAACAGCAAACUGGUCCACAGAGAGAAACGUCUCUCUGGAGCCUCGUCUGGUAGCACUCCGGAGAAAAAAUCUGCCUCAGAGGAUUCCCUAUUGAUUGAGAAGCAAGAUGGUUGUCAAAGAGACCUGCCUCUCAGUAAAAACGAUGAAAAGAGCAGGAGUCCUAGAGUAGCUUCAUUAGCCACUGGAUUCAACAGAGAGACAGAAGACAAAAUGAGAGGGAAAACCAUCAACACACACAGUGCCAUAAGAGAAAAACAAAGUGUAGCAAAAAGGACCUCAACAGAAACCAUCCUAUCGCCAGAGAAGCCCCUGAGAAAUCGUGCUAAAAGCCCUGCUUUAAGGUACAACCAUUUCCAGGGUUCCGGUUCUUUAGAGGAGAAAGCAUAUGAUAAUGGGCACCCCCAGGACAGAUAUUUGUCAGAGAAUGUCAUUCAUACAAAUGGAUGUGAUGAAUAUGCAACAGAGAGACUCGGGGGCAAUAAAAAGUACAUGGGGGUAACCAAUAGAGAAGACAGUGACUUGGCAAGGUAUGUAGAGAGAAGCUUCGGAGAGGCUUCUCCCAAUGCAGCCAUGGACAAAUAUAUGAGAGAUCGAUAUAACGAAAACUGGUGGGAGAGGCAAUCCUUUGAAACAGAAUCAGAAAACACCAGAGCAACCUUACAGAAGCAAACAUCUAAACCAGAUUCAAAGGGUAAAAGCUCAACAAUUCAGAGACAUGAUUCUACUGCAAGCGACACAUCACAGACUGAGGUGAAACGAAUCGUUCCACUGAAGCCAGAGAGGUCAAGAGCCAAGCUGCAAGGACAACCGAGUGAGAAAAGCAUUUCAGGAUCAUUUGAUGAAAGUGAAGGAACCAAGUCUAAGAAGGAGCAAGUUGGCUUUGAGAAUGCCUUGGACAGCUUGUCACAGCCCAGAAAUUCUGCAGCUUUAGAAAGCACUGGAACUUUUGCCAAGCAAGAUUGGGCGAGUAAUUGUCACAAUAGGGAAGUCAGAGAAUAUAACUGUCAGUCUCUCCAAGACAGGCCCCAAUUAAGGGAUCUCAAGAACAAUGCAGACCACAGACUUAGUAUCGAACAAGAUCAGUUUCUUUUUGAAGAUCCAUUGUUUAUGUUUGACUUUCCUACCAAUUCAGCAUUUCCAGCAUUUGACCAGGUUCCCCCUUUAUACCCACCUGUAAAAUCCCAGAGGGCAAGAGAUACACGUACCAAACCUAUCACCAAAAGUGAUUCUGGCAACAGUCUUCACAAGAGCUCCACAAUGGAAUCUUCCAAGAGGAAACCAGUGAGAGAGCCCUGGGAGAGACGCUUAGGAUCGGUGUCAGAAGAUGAUCCUGACCCAGACACUCUGUACCUGAAGGAGACCCACCUGGGCAUUGAACGCAAAUGCUCGAGUAUCACUGUUAGUUCAACGUCCAGCCUGGAGGCUGAGGUGGACUUCACUGUGCUCAUGGACUUCCAAACUGGUAUCGAGGAAUUUUCUAGAGGCAUGACUGAGCUGGGGGAGAGAGACUUCUCACCUGAGUUUGGCCUCUCUGAUCGCCCCACCCAUCCAGCCUUUAUACUGGGAGCAGAUCCUAUCUACCUUCCAGAGGAGAGACCUGUAGAAGUACCAAGGGCCGUAGAGAAACCAAAGCCUGUUGUAGAACAGAAGCCACCAGAGGAACGUAAACCAGAGCCUUUUGUACCUAAGAAAGCUCCUCGGUCAGUAAAAGCUGCCCAAGCCCUGAGGAAAGACUCUACAGAACAAGCUAAUACCCAGUCGAUGAGACGGGAGAGCUCUGAGUCACCCCCAAUCCAUCCUCUCAGCAGAGAGAGCAGUGAAAUCAUUGCUUCCCAAGCUCUGAGGAAGACCGAGGUCAAGAUCGAGACACAGCCCAAUGGCUCUGAGGUCACCACGACCAUAAUGGAGAUUGCAGACCCGGACCAUGGCAUCAGCGGUAUGCGAGAGGCCGCAUACUCUAUGACAGAGAGAAUCUCUCCUGUGAACCUUGGAUCAUUAGCUAGAGAUGGUUCACCUUUAAUGGUGACUGAGAAUGUAACAUCAGCCACUACAACUCAUGUUACUAAGACGGUGAAGGGAGGCUACUCGGAGACAAGAAUUGAAAAAAGGAUUAUCAUUACUGGUGAUGAUGAUGUUGAUCAAGAUCAGGCGCUUGCCAUGGCAAUAAAAGAAGCCAAGCAACAGCACCCUGACAUGUUGGUAACCAAGGCUGUGGUUGUCAGGGAAACAGAAUCUUCCACUCAAGAUCCACAUGAGGAAUCGAAGUCCUGAUCUCCUCAGUUCUCAGGACUUCAACGGGAAGCAACUGUUCCUCAGUGACUGCCAGUGGGUCGCCAACAUCUACAGACCUCUUAUUCUAAGCUUCUAGCUUCCACUUACAUACACGACACUAACAUUUACACAGGCACACAAACACAUGCUGCCUCCCAGAUGUCGGAACCUAUUCCUUCUCAUGUAAUUUCUAUUUUGUGUCUACAUUCGCUGUGGUAACAUGGACAUACUGGAGGCAUACGGUCUCCUUGGCUGAGGACCGCAGGGGAAGGACAGACUCAGCAUCACAUCGAUCAGACGAUUUAGCCACCAUUGUAGUCUCUUGCUUUUUCUUCACGAAUGUGAAAACUAACCAAGCGUACUAUCGACAGCCCGAUGCUAACAUCAAGCAUGAGGCAUGGGGCUUUUUGAUGAACAUUGCUGAAGAUUUAGCUUAGUGGAGUGACAGUAGCGUCUAUUGAGUAGUUUUUUCUAGGGUUCAUUGAGAUAUAACACAGAAGAUCUUUUUGCAAAUACUGUAGGGAAAAGCGUAGCUAGCGUACAUAAAAUAUGUUGUGCUUCUCUGAUCAACAAACGUUAUGUUGCUGUUAAAUUCUGAACCUCAUCUGCAUGUGGCAAAGCAGGGUUUAAAAUGUUUUCAUAUACAACCAACUAACUAAAACCUCUGGUUCAGUGUCCUUAUAAACCAGAAAGGAAAAUGAGACAGACUGUAUUAAUGUAUGAUUGCCAAACCCUUUGAUGGUCCUCUGAAAAGUAUUUAUUUCCAUGUUAGACAUAAUAUGGAAAUAGUGGACUUGCACAUUGUUCCAGAAUUUUUAUUUACUGAUGUAUUUUUUUUUAUAGAUGUCUAGAAUUUUUUUGUUUAUUUGUUUUAUUUCAGAAGCCCUUACAUAUAUUUAGUAAAUAUUAUGAACAGAGAAAAAUUUUAAUCACCAAUUUACAGUCUAAACAUUUCAAGGUACCAGUAGUAAUCAAGCUUUCGUUUUUAGAUUCAAAAUAUCCACAAGUAUGACAUUGUUUUAAAAUGCACGAUACAAAAAGAAAGACGUUUGCUUGUCGAAUGCUCCAUUUCAUCUAUACAUAUUGUUAAACUGUGAAAAAGUCCAAAGAAACUAAACCUAAUUUGAGUUCAACAUGCUGACACACUUACAUAAUUAAUCAAUGUGUUAUGUGCAUGUGCAUUUAAACCUUACGCAUUUGAGCAAAAUACAAUUUAUUAGGAUUGCAGAAAACAAUUUAUUUUUUAUUUUUUUUCCAACAAGCUGAUAUUUAACAAAUUCCCUAAUGCUCGAUAUGUUUGAGACUUCUGUGAUUUAUUUAUUUCUUUUUACAAUGUCCCUUCCCACACAAUGCUGUGCCAACGAAUUAUUGAUUUUUAAAUUCAGUUAAAACGGUUCUGAUUUGUUUGAUAUGAGACCUUUUUAUGUGUAAAUGUCAUGAGCCUGUGGUUUUCAGUGAAGCGUGACCCUUGAGCCAUGAUUCUCUUUACAAAUGUUCCUUUGUGAAGCAGUAGAGAUCCUGGUUGAGACAGGACAUAUAUGUGUUCUAGGAUUGAAUGGAUGAAUGAGCUUCGAAUUGUGUGUAUUGCCAAAUUAAAAACUUUAUAUUAGGAUGAAAGAAGGCCAGGAUAGCUCUUAAUAACCUUUCCUAACACGGUAAAGGCUUGUUGUUGUGUAACUAAUGCAUUUGUUCAGGAUAGUGCACUAUGUGAAAAUAACACUUUACACAACCUGCAGUAACCGAGAGGGGAAAUUUGUGUACAUCAUAACUUCCAACUUGUACAGUUACUGAUCUUUGAGGACACGGGAGCUGUUCUUGAAUAUAAAGAAAAGAAGUGCCAUGCAAAGGUUGAUAGUUGGAUUCCUAAUCAACCACAGCAUUCUUUAGCCAGCCCAUAUGCUAAGCCUAUGUCAGAGUUUUGUCUCUUUACAAGGCAAUGUCCUCGUUUACGCUGUACAUGUUGCAUUUAAGAUUUGAACUCUGAGGAAAAAAGUUAAGCUUGGAAAAGUACUUUUAGCAUCAGUUCUCCUGAGAUUCCACCUGCAGACACUUCUGUUUACAAUGCUAUCCUCUACUUUCUACUGCUUGGUUUUGUGUGUUUGCUGUACAGUGUUCGAAAUAAAUAAGAUCCAUCAAUGUG